AUGUUUGGAUUAGUUCUGGAUGGAAUUGCCCAACAAACUAUCUGCUUGACAACAAACUCCAGCACCCCACCCGCGCGCCGCCGCCAGCAACGACACCCCGCCAGUGCGCCGCGCCUGCACACGCGCACGCGUAGGAGCCCAAGCUUCCGUUUAGGUCCGUGUCGAGGAGUGGUGAUCUCCUUCGUCGAGGAGUGGUGCACACGCAGGCGCCGCCGAUUUGGCGACGGCGACUCGGGCGUCGCCUCCACGGAGGGGAAGACAAGGAGAGCGGACGAGAGGAGCGACCCGGCGUCUGGCAAAAGGGAGGCUGGGCAGAGGAGAUCCGGCGGCUGCUUGGCUCGCCGACGCGGCUUGCGGCGGCCACCUGGCGUGGCCUACCGCCGCACUGGAGCGGAGCAGGAGAUGAAGAGCGGCGGGGAAGCAGCCAACCCCAGAAGCAAGCCGGCAGGCAAGCAACGAUAUGUCAAGGUUUGGAACUAGAGCUCGUCGAUGGUGGGAUGAAGAGGACGAAUCUGAUGUUGACGAUCUCUUCAUCAUUGCUGGUCUUCUUGAGGGCUCCAAGAGAAACAAGCACAAGAAAAAGUUUCGUGGAUCGUUGCCGGGUCGCUGCAAAGUGCCACGGGACAUUUUGGAGGUCACAAUCGCAUCUACCAGGACUACUUUGCGGACCAGUGUGCAUACAGUGAGAGACAUUUCAGAAGGAGGUUUCGGAUGUCUAGGUCGCUCUUUCUGCGCAUAGUGGAUGCGGUGGAGUCUCAUGAUGACUAUUUCCGUCAAAAGCCCGAUGCCUCAUUUUCAAAUGCAAUCAUAUAUUAUUAUUUGAAUGUCUCAUUUUCAAAUGCAAAUCAUAUAUUAUUAUUUGAAGAGUAACUGGACCUGGAGCAGCAGCCCAGUCUGCACCAGCAGCUGGAAUGCCAGCAGGCGCAGAUGCAGCUUCACCAGUUCCCCAAUCGGCGCCCCAGUUGUCAGUCCCUGGAGCAGUAUAUUCUGCAACUGCGCCUAGUUAGGAUCAUUCUGGCAAGCAGCCAGAACAGACAGCCACUGUUUCCCCUUGUUAUUGGCAGGAAUGUCAAUAUCAACAUAGCGCAUAGGGGAAUCAGUGUCGCAAAAGGCAAUGGUGGGAAUGUUUCCAAGUGCAGACUCCUUAAUGGGUUGUACAAAGUUUGACAAACAAGAUUUGUAAGUGCUCUGAACCAAUCAAAGUAAAUAUCUCUUUCAGCAGAUAUCUUGGGGAUUUUCAAUUGCAACAAUGACCCUCGCGACCAACUGUAGCUUCUCCCAGGUCUUCCCAAGGUUAAUAAUGUAGAUACCUAAAUGAAGGGUAAUAUACAACCGCACUAUUGUUA